AUGGAAGCUUUGUUUAGUAUCAUUAUUGUAUUUAUACUUAUUCCAUCUUAUUUAUGCAUAAAUAACUUAAUUUAUAUACUUUCACAUAUACCUACGACUACUAUAAAUUCAGUAUUACGUUCGAAAGGUUUGAUAUUAACAAAUGAUACAUAUGUAAAACAUUUAUCAGCAGCAACUGUUGAUUUACUCCAAUCAACAGAAACACUUGCAACAGUGAAUAACAGUCAAUCGAUCGUAAUUCAAUGGAAUACAGGCGAUUGUACAUAUCCAUCAGCAUUGGCUACGACAUAUUCAACGGAAAUUGUCUCUAUACCCAUUUGUUUUACUCAAGUGUGUACACUCAACAAUAUUUUGCAACUAACAAUUACAAGUGAACAAUUAGGAGCGGCAGCAGCUAUAUUUAUGGAUUAUUAUUCUUUACAUUAUUUUACGAUGAUUUUAAGCGAUUCAAAUGAAUUCUAUUCGAAUGUAGCACAACAGUUUUCUAGUUAUUUAAUUCAAAGAUCUCAUCUUUUUGAAAGAUUGAUACCUAUGUCAAAUUUUUCUUCGUCAUCAUCGUUAAUUUAUUCACUAAAAAGUCGAGUCUUUUUUGUGAUAUGUUCAUACAGUGAAGAACUCUCACUUUAUUCAACUAUUUCAUCUAAUUAUCAAUCAAUGACGUCAGCCAUGGGAAAUGUGAUUUUUAUAUUUGUUCGUUGGUCUCAUCAUUUUCUUAGUUUUUAUACUUCACGAUUUUCACCAAACAUAACAUCAUAUCGGCCAUCAUCGUUUCCUAUACUUCAUCUUUUGCCCUUGGAUAUUAGAAUGACAAAUACUUUAAAUGGUCUUAUUUCAAAUUAUGAUCAAUUAAUAAAUUCAACAGCAAAUGUAACAUUUUCUGAUGAUAUUGUUUUUAUCUUUAAUGAACUUGAAAAUGUUGAUUUAUUACUACAAACAUCAGCAAUAAAUUUAACAUCAACAAAUCAAUCAACUAUACUUGGUCCAAUAACAUUUGAUAGUAAUCUAAAACGUUCUUUUAUUCAUUCAUUGAUUGGUUUACAAUGCAAUGGUAGCUGGGCUAUAUUUAAAUAUAUAAAUUCAGCAAUAACAAAUUCUAAUAAUAGUGUAAAUGCAUGCAUUAAUUAUCCCUUCGAUGAUAUAACAAUAGUGGUAGUAGACAAUACCGGCUGGCAUAUACUGCGUAUUGCACUUUUUACAUUGUUGGGUGUAGCUGUAGUAUGUGUUGCUGCACUAAUAGCUUUCUUUAUUAUUCGAAAUCAACGUAACCGUAAACAAUUAUCUAAAGGUCCAAAUAAAAUUAUUUUACUACCUGAUGAUUUAAUGUUUGUUAUGCCAAAAGGUUCUAUAUUUACAAGCAAAGUUAAUUUAAAAAAUGAAGCACACGAACGUAGUAAUAUGUCGAUACGUAGUGAAGAAAUUCAAGCUGGAAAAACAGCUCGCUACAAUGGUGAUUUAGUCGAAGUCAAAAAAUUACAUAUUGGCCCAUUAUCACUUCGUACAAAAGUCAUGCGACAAUUACGCCAAUUGAAAGAUUUACGACACGAAAAUGUGAACACUUUUAUUGGACUCUUUAUCGAUCAAAAUGCGCCAGCAUUAAUAUUGGAAUAUGGUCAUCGAGGCAGUCUCGAAGAUAUUCUCAAAAAAGAAGAGAUAAAACUUGACUGGAAUUUUAAAUGGUCAAUGCUAAAUGAUCUUGUUCGAGGUAUGAGAUAUUUAUGUAAUUCAUCGAUACGUUGUCAUGGCAAUUUAAAAUCCCGAAAUUGUAUUGUUGAUUCACGUUGGGUAUUGAAAGUAACAGAUUAUCAUUUGAAUGAAACAUAUGCUUUACAAAAUGCUCCAAGACAAGUUGAUAUCAUUGAUCUUUUAUGGAUGGCACCGGAACACAUUCGAACAUCAAUAAUCAAAGAUGAUGUUGCUACAGUAAUGACAAGUUCAGCAGCUGGCGACGUUUAUAGCUUUGGUAUUAUUAUGCAAGAAGUUAUUCUUCGUGGACCACCAUUUUGUAUGUUGGAUCUCACACCAAAAGAAAUUAUUGCCAAAAUAAAGAAACCACCGCCACUGUUGAGACCUUCUGUAUCGAAACAAGUAGCACCACCGGAAUAUAUCAAUUCAAUGAAACAAUGUUGGGCUGAACAAGCAGAAACCCGGCCAUCAUUUAACGAUCUUGCUCAAUCGAUUAAAUUACUCAAUGGUGGAAAAAAAGUGAAUAUUGUUGAUACAAUGUUUAAAAUGCUUGAACAAUAUUCGAAUAAUUUGGAAGAUUUAAUUAAAGAACGAACAAAUCAACUCGAAGAAGAAAAGAAAAAAACAGAUAAAUUAUUAUCACAAAUGUUACCACCGAGUGUUGCUGACAGUCUCAAGUCUGGUAAAGCUGUUGAAGCUGUUUGGUACGAAUGUGUUACAAUCUACUUUUCUGAUAUUGUCGGAUUUACAACAAUAUCAGCAUUGAGUAGUCCAAUGGAAGUUGUCGAUUUACUUAAUGAUCUAUAUACAAUGUUUGAUUCAAUUCUCGAAGAUUUCGAUUGUUAUAAGGUUGAAACCAUUGGUGACGCAUAUAUGGUCGUCAGUGGUCUACCUAUUGGAAAUGGAAAAAAGCAUGCAUCAGAGAUAGCUGUAAUGGCAUUAACAUUAUUACAUGCUUGUGGCAAGUUCAAAAUUCGUCAUAUGCCGGGCGUACCAUUACAAUUACGUAUUGGUUUGCAUUCGGGUGCUUGUGUUGCUGGUGUUGUUGGUCUUCGAAUGCCUCGUUAUUGUUUAUUUGGUGAUACAGUUAAUACAGCUUCUCGAAUGGAAUCCACGGGCAUGGCUUAUCGUAUUCAUUCCAGUGAAACAACUGCAGGAUUAUUAGAAGAAAUUGGCGGUUUUCAUUUAGAAUAUCGAGGAGUAACAGAAAUUAAAGGUCGAGGUAAUUAUAAAACCUAUUGGCUGACGGGAAAAGAUGGUUUUGAUAAAGAAUUACCAGCACCAGUUAUAUCAGAAAAUAAUCAUGGUCUUGACAAAGAGCUAGUUAAAUUAGCUGAAAAAAGUGCACGUGAACGAGAGAAAUUGGAAAGUCAAAAACGUGAAGCAGCUAAUGCUGCAGUAGCAGCAGCAGCAGCAGCAGCAGCAGUAGCCACCACUACAGUAGCAACUACAGUAAAUGUAUCAUCUAGUAAUCAAAUACAAGUUAAGCCAAUUGUUGAAACUGUUUCUCCGGAUCCAAAAUCAAAAAAAUCUAGAGGUUCUCAUAUUUCAGCUGCCAAUAAUCAUGAUACAAAUGCAACAGAAGACUUAUUGAGGUUUACACCGCCACUUGAUCAGCAUCCAUCAGCGAUGACAAAUUCAACAAAUAAAUUUCCCGUAUCGAAUGAACUUCCAGCUAAAUUACAACCAAUGGAUGGACCUGACGGACCUGUUAGAAAGUCAACGAAAGCAAAAUGGUAA